GAAAUAGCUUAUAUGCACAGCAAGUCUAUUAAUCGAGCUAAAUUUUAAAAUUAAUUACAAUGAAUAAUAAAAUUAAAGUUAGUUGCUGGAAAAGUCUAACAAAUUAAUGUCAUUGUGCUGAGGAUCGUUAGUUGAGUUGAAUUUUCAGAAAUAUUCAACUUUUUUGAUAAUUUCUUUAUAAUUUCAAUUAAAACUUUCCUUAUAGGGAAUGUAAACAAAGGGUUUGAGGGGCUAUUGAAUAAUCUACUGACAUUAUCUGGUACUGACACUAUCUGGUACUCCACUGUAGUAAAAUUUAAGUGUUCGAUUAAUCGAUAUUUCUUUCAACAUAAACAUUUGUUAAAACCCAUUUAGACACAUGUUUUUCAUAUGAAGCCCUCGUUUUGUCUGUUUACAUCAUAUUUGGUUUUUUUAGUAAAGAGUCUCCUAGACUUAUUCCCUGAUUUUUUUAUUUUUACUUUGAUGUGAACUUUUUUUGAUUAGAUAAUGUCCCGUGGCCGUGGCAGAGGAGGUCGAGGCUUUACAUUUAACCUAGAAUCCAUAGGUAUUGGUAAAGGAGAGCAAUUACCGGCUCCAAGUCUCGCUCCUCCACCUUUAUAUCCAAGUUUGCCUGUUAAGCCAGAGCCUAUCAUUCCUGGUGAUAAUGAUAAUUAUAACUAUUUGCAUGAUGUAAAACAGUCGUUGAUUUCAUCAUUUAGAUCAUCAAAAUACUUCGUAGUUCCUCCUAAAGUUAAAACAACGGUUCAAAGAUACUCGGACAAAUUUGAUGCUGCCAACACUCUGACAACAAGUUCAGACUUAGAUUCUCUGGAUUGGAGAUUGUUUCCAGAGGAACUCAAGCCAACUAAAAAGAUUAGAAAAACUAAAUCGGUGAAAACACUGGGACCUGAUGAUGUAGAUCAGUUGUUGAAAAAGAUGGAAGAGUUGGAAGAGACGGGAGAAAAAAGUCCGAAAUCUGAAAAGGAUGAAAGUGAACCAGAAGGUGAAAUCGAUUCAGACGAGGGUGAAAAAGAUGAAGAAGAAAUCGAAGAAGACACUGAUUAUGCUCGAAAUUACUUCGAUAAUGGUGAAGGUUUCCUUGAAGACAACUCUGAUGACAAUUUGGAUGAAGGACCAGUUUAUUGAAGGACACUGAAGAAUGACACAAUCCGUGCAUAUAUUGCCAAACAAAUAAAAUGAUAGUUAUUACCAUAAUACUCAAUUUCAACACUAAACAAGUUGAAUUUGUUUGCCUAUUCAAUCAAUUGAAUACUUUAUCAUUACCAAUCCAUUCUAUGAAUAUUGACUCAUCCGGCUAUUAUCUAUUUGACGGGAAUCAUCCAUGAUUACAUUUCUAGGAAGUGACCUUUUUUUACUGUUGAAUGGAAAAUUAUUGUUUAUUUAAUCGACUACUUAUUUAAAUACAUCAACAAAUCAAAAAUGGGUGUAUUCAUAGAUAUCUUACUCUUAACCCAAACUGUUAGCUAUUAUGUCACCUUUGUCAUCAUCAUCAACAUCAUCAUCUUCAAAUUCAUAAGCUCAACGGAAAUUAAUCAUGUUAUGGCUCAUUUCACAUCUUUCACCAUUCACUUCUUUAUACCUUGACACCACUAUUCAUGUUCAUUUGUAAAAACUGAUGUAAAAAUGGGUUUUCAAAUUUCAAUUGUCCUCUCAUAUUUGUUAAUUACUAUUUUGACGAGAAGAAAUACCAUUUUAAUUUGUAAAUCACAUUUCAUCUCCAUCUGUCUUGCCAUCAUCCCUGAUUUAACUUCUCUGUCCAAUAAAUCUAUCUCUUUAUCAAC